GCCGAGCGGCGCGGUCGGGAGAGCGCUCCUCCGCCGCGCGCGGUCCCUGCGCCCGCUCCGCCCGCUUCGCCCGCGCCUCGCUGCCCGCGCCGCGUCUCGGGCGUCCAGCGCGCGCCCCUCGCUCCGCAGCCAGCGCCGCCCUCGGGAACCUCCGCCGCGCCUUCCUCCUCCUCCUCCUCAGCCGCCGCCGCCACCGCCGGACACGCAGCCGCAGGCCGGGGCCGGGACGCAGCUGGGGAGUCAGGGACGCGCGCAGCCUGCCCUUCCCCCUCCGGCUCCCGCACCGCCGGCCGCCUCCCCUCACCCUCCUCUUCUCCCCUCCCUGCUCCUUUGCUUCCUCCUCUCCCGGCCCCGGCUGCCAGCACCAUGUCCGCAGGGGGAGAUUUUGGGAACCCACUGAGAAAAUUCAAGUUGGUGUUCUUGGGGGAGCAGAGCGUUGGAAAGACGUCUCUGAUCACGAGGUUCAUGUACGAUAGCUUCGACAACACAUACCAGGCAACCAUUGGGAUUGACUUCUUGUCAAAAACCAUGUACUUGGAGGACCGUACGGUUCGUCUGCAGCUGUGGGACACUGCUGGCCAGGAAAGGUUCCGCAGCCUGAUCCCCAGCUAUAUCCGGGACUCCACGGUAGCUGUGGUGGUGUACGACAUCACAAAUCUCAAUUCCUUCCAGCAGACCUCCAAGUGGAUUGACGAUGUCAGGACAGAGCGGGGCAGUGACGUCAUCAUCAUGCUGGUGGGCAACAAGACGGACCUGGCAGACAAGAGGCAGAUAACCAUCGAGGAAGGGGAGCAGCGUGCCAAAGAACUGAGCGUCAUGUUCAUUGAGACCAGCGCAAAGACCGGUUACAACGUGAAGCAGCUCUUCAGACGUGUGGCAUCCGCUCUGCCCGGCAUGGAGAAUGUCCAGGAGAAAAGCAAAGAAGGGAUGAUUGACAUCAAGCUGGACAAACCCCAGGAGCCCCCAGCCAGCGAGGGCGGCUGCUCCUGCUAAUGCAGAGCCCGACCCAAGGCUUCCUACACACUACUCGCUUGUUGUGUUGCUUCCUAUUGGUUAGCUUCCUAAUGGGGGUGGGAGACAAGUUUUACCAAGAUGGGAGGAUUUUUCUUUUCUCUCUGUCUCUAGGAGUAGGGUGGGGUAGGGAGGGAGGCUGGGCAUCAGGGUUCACAUCACUCUUAACAGCUGUUACUUAAACAACUAUUUUUUGGUUUGGUUGUAAUAUAUUGUACUUUAUUAAGAUUGCCAAAAACUGUUAAAAUUUAAAAAAAAAAUUUAAAUCAUGUGUAUACAACUUUUUGCCAGAUAAAAAUUAGUCAUUUUUAUUUGAAAGAUGUGCUUUUUGUUUUUGUAUAUUUGUAAACUUACAGAGAACCUUUUCCACACACCCCCUCCUUCCUGUUCUCUUUGAACUGUUAAUCACCUUUGCCUUCCUCCCAUCCUAACCCAGUAAAUUAAAGCAAUUAACUGAGCAACAUAAUUAGGCUCCUGGCCAGGUCAUCUGGCCCAGACCAACCAGGCCCCACCAUCCAGGCCCAUGAAUGAUUAAAUCAAACAUUGGUUGAACAGCUUCCGGAGAGGUAGAACUGCUCAGGCCUUCCAUGGGCAGUGAUGGACAUUGGCAUUAGCAGGACCCUGAGCUGAAACAAAGGCCUGUGGACUGUAGGAUGCCCACAGCAGGGUCCUGGGGGACUGCUUCUGCCUCUCGUUUCCCCCUCUAAAAGCCAUGAAGGGAGUGGAAGGCAUUGGCACCCUACAUUCUUGUUAUCUGCCCAAUGACCAGCAGAGCAAGGGGUCAUAGGAAGGACGGGGUGUUGUUGGCAACUGCAGGCUGUGGUGAUGUGUGGCUUACAGACUGGGCACCCCAUGUAAUUCCAAGAUGUUCUAACCAGCCUGCCCAAUGGUCAGCACACACAGCUGGUUUGACUCUCAGAAAUUCAGUGUGUGACACUAGGCAGCAUGUCACCCUGAAGUCCUCCGCCUGGCAUGUCAGGGAUGCUGGAGCCUGUACCACAUGCUAUUGGCCCCUCUGUGGCUGGGGAAGGGAGGAUUGCCUGCAGAGCCACCACCUGAAAAGACACAAGUUCUCAGAUCUUCGGUUGCUAAUACUGUUGAGUAGUGUCCUCGCACAUCUGAUUUCUCGCUAUGUUUCCAGGCAUUGGCAUGGUACAGUUGAAAUCGUUGUGCGUGUAUCUUUGUGGAUAUUGUGGCUGCACUGUGGGCACCCAGAAGUGGAGCUAAAGUGGGGUUUCCAGAAGGCUGCAGAGAGUACUGGCUGGAGCCCCCAGAGAGCCAUCCUUGCCCAAUUGACUCCUUCCUGAGAAUGGCUUAAUCCUGAAACCUGUCCAAUCCCUGAAGAGAAGUUCUCUUCUGUAUAACAUAACUCAGCCAACAUUCCAAAUUGACCCAGACUCUGUACCCAUAGUCCUGUACAAAGUCUGCCAGGGGGCUGGGGCUGACCAAAAUUGUAAUCUGCUCCCGCCCAACUGGCCUUGGUUCUUCAUUCAGGUUGCCAGAGGCAUGUCAUAAAUGGGCUGCAGUAGCUUCUGAGUUGUGGCAGGAUGAAUUCCUCCACAAGGCAGAACUCCCAACAAGAUUAUGGUUAGAGCGGAUUUUGAAACUUAUCAGAAAAUGCCAUGGCAGCCCACAAGUGGCAGAACUAAAGUUUGUGCAGUAGGCUUGCACAUGCCUUCAGCCUGGGAGACUGUGUGUCAGAGCUGAUCUCUAGAGAGGAAUUUGUCUUCAGGUGAAGAGAGGAAGCAAGAGACCACCUGGCACCUCCGGAAGGCAAGGACCAAUGUACAAGCGUAAUUUAAAUGUCAUGUGUUUAGUUUUUAUAUGUGUGUACAUAAUUAUAUAUAGAGAUAGACUUGUGUAUACACCUUCCACAAACACAUCAUCACACAGAGAUACAUGUGCUCAAUGUAUAUUCUUGUCUUUCCUGCUCUCAAGUUGGAACUUGCAUUGUGAAAACAGUUUUGGAAAUUCAAAAGUACUGCAAUGUGUUGAAACAAGAAAUACUCAAUAUUGUCAAAUAACUUGUGAUUGUCUUGCCAUCAAUAAAGUAAUGCAUAGAUGUGUUAAACUACAGGCAAAAAUAGCCCGCAGGAGUAUUUCCACCACCUCUCUAUGUACUUACAUUCAUGGGUGUGCGUGCCUGUGGGCCAGUGUCCCCCACUGCGAGCACACCCCCAGUGGUGCUUGUUGGAAGAGUGCUUACUUACCUCGUGAGAAUUUAUUCGAGUCCACGUUAAGUGUCUGGCCUGGUUGGCUGUGAAGGCCAUCAGUUACCACCUCUGGGACAGCCCCGUGGACAGGGAGCUGCACUGUGUCUUAGUGAAUGAAUGUAUGGUAGAUUUUAAUUUUCUUAGCCUGGAGAGUAGCUCUUCUUAAAACAUCCUGUAAAACAAACUAGAAACUCAGUUCCCUUCCCAUGUAUACACAGUCCAAGGCACCAUGAUGUGUCUUCCCACUGUGCCCUAGAGGAGCAGUACGGGAUGCUAGAUGUUGGGUGGCUUGAUGUGGCCUUAGUGAGUCCUGCUCUUCCCAGCCUGUACAGCAUCUUCCCUUGAGAACAGGCUCUCCCAAGCCCGGUACCCUCGGCAGGCGAGAGUACUGCCUGCUCUCUUCCUACCCAGAGCCCUGCUGUUCCCUGGCCUUCCUCCCCUUGGUCCUUCCCUUCCUGGGUCUCUUUAAGGCAACCAAACAGACCUCUUUGACAGAAGUGUGUUGGCUCCUUGCAGGCACCAUCGCUGCCUGCUUGCUUGUGUGUAAGGCCUUGACUUAAGUUUUAAUAAUAAAAUGGUCAGCUCCUCUUGGAGAUGGCAUGAAAGUGCCUCCACAUCCUUGGCAGGAAUCUCGCUUCUGCCGAGUCCAUGUGAGUUAGUAGGCAACAGAGUGGAGGAUUUGUUUCAGGACAUGAUCUCAUUUAGUCAUCCGGCCCCUCUCCUCAAAGACUAGCUCUGACCUGGCAAAUAAGCAGAAUCCUCUUCUGGCCCUCUUUUCCUUUGAGUCCCAAAUGCUGUCAGUAAAGCUCCUGUUCAUGUUAGAACUGGUGGAGGUUGGCAAGGGAGUUAGCACACAUGCCAAGGCACACAUGACAUCAGCACCCAGUGUGCUUAGCUGUGUGGUCCAAGAUCAGCCUGCCUGGUGGCAGAGGCAACGGUUUUCUCUUGGCCACAGGCUCAGUGCUAUCACUGUUGCCAUCCUCUUCCUGUCACCAUCCUAACCACUCUGCAGUGCUCCCAAGGGAAGCAGUGGGCAGAUAAGUUCAAGUGUGUGGGGCAACAGAAAUGAGGACUAAAAGGUGCAAGCAGGAGGUGCAGCCCCAUCUGGGGUGCAGUGACUGUCACCAGUGGCUAGCAGUACCAGUUGUGACAAUAAAGGGUUGGCACUGGUAGCACAAGGUGGGUAGGCAAGGGAGGGUUUUAGGACAGACCAGGCGGCCAGAGCCUGUGCCAGAAGUCAGAGCAGUGUGAGGUGCACCCAGACAAGCAUGUGCAGGUGUGCGGCAGCCACUCCAGGCUGUGUGCUCACUGGUUUCCAAACUACCUCCCCAGAGAAUGUGAGGCACUGACCCUUUCCCUAGCAGUGAGAUGGAGGUCGCAUACCCUUCCCGCCUCACAGGUGAGAAGCAAGCCAGUGACUUGCUUAUACUUACCCCUUACCAGGCAAGUCAGGAGUGGGCAGCAGCAGUGGGGUGGCAUCCUUUGUCCAUUGCUGACCUGUGCCCAGAUGAAACUGCGUACUGAUGUAGAAAGGACUGGUGUGUGUGUGUGUCCCACAGGCCAUCUCUCCUCCGUGGUCAGGACAGCUUCUUUCUAGCAUGUUUUGAGUGAGCUAGGAGACAAUACAGGUGCACUUUGGGCUCCUCUAUUGCGAAGAGAGCAAGUCCUCAAGCCUACUUUGGUUGUCUUAGGCGCCCAUACCGAUUAGGACUCUUAAUUUGUUUGAAAUCAGCUUUGUAAGUAUUCCAAAAUUUAGGGACCUCAGUGUCCAAACAGCCUGGGCUUCAAACCUGUUUGGUUGACAUGCCCAGGAUGGUGUAUGUUAUUGGAAACACCUUGCAGUAGGAAUUUGGAUGUCCCCUCAAGGAAAGAGGUAGCCUCCUCCACUGAAGGCCAGCCCGCAUCUCAUAAUGUGUCCACUUCCCUCCACUUUCCCCUGACCCAUCCCUUUAAAGUGAGUGGCUGUGAGGAGCACAGAGGGUGGCGUUUCCAUCUCUUACGGGCUCAGAAGACAUAUUGGCCAUACUGACUUUACAUUAAACUGUGUAAAAUGUGGAAAAGACUCAGCAUGUUGGUCAAACAAUAAACUGUCCUAAUUCUCAACACAAA